AUGAACGGGGUAGCUCCACACUCACCGUGUAAGCUACUGUUGAAAUUUCUAGGCUAACCAACUUUAGCCAGCUUGCUAACAUGUAAUUAAGCGGAAUGUGGGUUAACUGCAUUCAUGGUACUAUAAUGGGUUCGAAUUGACAGGUAAUAUGCUGGUUCCGAAAACGGAAUACCGAAAUAAUUGGCGGUGUUCUGUACGUGUCGCCGCAACUACACGCAGAACAUGUCCAGUUAGCUAUAACGCGGCGAUUGGUGGAUAACGAAUCUGGCAAGCUAGCCAGUCGGUCCGGUGUUUGGACUGGGUGGAGGGUUUUGUACAGGUUUCCUCGCCCAGUGGACAGCCGAGCCGGAUGCAGCGAUUAUCAUGAGUCCGGCGGGCUGCCCCCAUGUCAACUGCUUCAAAGUGGACAACUGGAAGCAGAACCUGAGGGCUAUUUAUCAGUGUUUCGUAUGGAGCGGUUCGGCCGAGACCAGGAAACGCAAGGCCAAGUCAUGCAUCUGCCACAUGUGCGGUGCUCACCUCAGCAGACUCCACUCCUGCCUUUACUGCGUCUUCUUCGCCUGCUUUGCCAAAAAACACAUCCAUGAGCAUGCCAAGAGCAAACGACAUAACCUAGCUAUUGACUUGCUGUAUGGGGGGAUUUACUGCUUCAUGUGCCAAGACUACAUUUACGACAAAGACAUGGAACAGAUUGCCAAAGAGGAACAAAGGAAAGCCUGGAAAAUGCAAGGCAUAGGUGAGAAGUACUCAACAUGGGAGCCAACCAAGAGGGAGCUGGAGCUUCUCCGCCACAAUCCCAAGAGGAGGAGAAUCACCUCCAACUGUACUAUUGGUCUACGCGGUCUAAUCAACCUUGGCAACACGUGCUUUAUGAACUGCAUCGUCCAGGCACUAACGCAUACGCCGCUGCUGCGGGACUUCUUCCUGUCUGACAGACACAAAUGUGAAAUGCAGAGCAACUCCUGCUUAGUGUGUGAGAUGUCGCAACUCUUCCAAGAGUUCUACUCAGGCCAUCGUUCACCUCACAUCCCGUUCCGUCUGCUCCACCUGGUGUGGACUCACGCUCGUCACCUGGCUGGCUACGAGCAGCAGGACGCACACGAGUUCCUCAUCGCUGCACUGGACGUUUUACACAGACACUGCAAAGAUGACAACGGGAAAAAAGCCAACAACCCAAACCAUUGUAAUUGCAUCAUUGACCAAAUCUUCACAGGGGGCCUGCAGUCUGAUGUCACCUGUCAAGUCUGCCACGGUGUCUCAACUACCAUUGACCCAUUCUGGGACAUCAGUCUGGACCUGCCGGGCUCCUCCACUCCCUUCUGGCCGCUAAGUCCUGGUGGAGAUGGUUCAACACUAAACGGAGAGAGUCACACCACUGGAGCCACAACACUGACAGACUGCCUACGAAGGUUCACCAGACCAGAGCACCUCGGCAGCAGCGCUAAGAUCAAGUGCAGCGGUUGCCAUAGUUACCAGGAGUCUACCAAGCAGCUGACCAUGAAGAAGUUGCCCAUUGUGGCCUGCUUUCACCUCAAACGAUUCGAGCAUUCUGCCAAACUUCGGAGGAAGAUCACGACGUACGUCUCUUUCCCUUUGGAGUUGGACAUGACGCCCUUUAUGGCGUCCAGUAAAGAGAGCAGGAUGAACGGCCAGUACCAGCAGACUUUGGAGCCCUUCAACAACGACAACAAAUACAGCCUGUUUGCUGUUGUUAACCACCAGGGAACACUAGAGAGCGGCCACUACACCACCUUCAUCAGGCAGCACAAGGACCAGUGGUUCAAAUGUGAUGACGCCAUCAUCACCAAGGCCAGCAUCGAGGCCGUGCUGGACAGUGAAGGGUACCUUUUGUUUUACCAUAAACAGUUCCUGGAGUACGAAUAGUGCAGCCCUCAAACGCAUACGAGCCCUGACGCACUACUGCAACUUGGAAAACAUAACAUUUCCACUGGAAUUCAGGACGCACACAACAACAAUCUACUGGUUGUAAAUCUGCUAAACCAGUCUGCGCGUGGAGGUCGAAACUGACUCGUGGCCCGUCAUCAUGCUAACUUUGACUUCUGGCUUUCUCAUUUUCAGACAGACAGAAGCGAAGGUUUUCUGUUUAAAUCCAAAUUAAGGCGGGGGAUUGGUUGACUUGAUCAUGAAUGCUGUUCUUUAUCAAUAUCCUUCUUGAGCCGGCCGGGUUGGGGAAACCUAUUGUCUGUCGGCUCUACUGGGCUCUGGACUGCUAUGCAAUUGUAAAAACACAUGAAACCUCUGAGAAACUCAUAAAAACACCAAGCCGUCGAAAUACGCUUGUCAAUUAGUGUAGCGGCGAGGCCCAUUACAACUUUUCCUUGGUGGUGUAAUUUCACACCUGAUGGGUGGGCAGGCACUCCAGAGACCCAACUGUUUGUGUCAAUUUUCCAUAACACAAAUAUGUCCCUUUUAAAAGUUGAAAAAGAUUCCCCACCCCUGUGCUAAAUUCUUGUAAAGCUGAGCACCGCUGCAAGCUGCUUCUAUCUGAAGACAAAGUUAAUUUGUUUUCAUUUUUACUUUCGCAACAAAGGAAGUAAUUAGAAUUCACAAGCACACCAUGUGUCACAUAGUAGCCUAUACACACACUCUCAAAAUGACCAAAUAUUGUAAAUAUUGUGAUGCAUUUUUCACUGCACUGCAGAAGAAGGAGUAAAUCAAGAAGCAAACAUCUCCUCACAAGUUGUAUGAUAAACAUUAUACAUAUUUACUCACUACUUGUGAGUAUGUUGUCGGUCAACGACAUCGGAAGCUUCGGCUCAAGUCACCCCCGAGUGUGCCGGAUGUUUCCGCCUCUAUUGCUGCUUCCAACUGUUGCAGGGGCGGGACUUUACUCAGUAAAUAUUAUAUUUUUAUAAAUACUGUAAUUCUAAAAUGAUUUGUUUACAGUCUUUUGCAUACACUCUCACAUCGUCUGUCCAUGUUACAUUGUGCUGUGUUGUUUUAUCGACGCAAAAAGCUGACCACACCCACCUGAAAAUGCUGCUAUUGCAGCUUAAUGUUUGGUUAUAUUAGCUGUGUUUAUAUAUAUAUAUAUAUAUAUAUAUAUAUAUAUAUAUAUAUAUAAUAAAUAAUUUUGGGGUUUUGUGUGAAGUUUUAUUUUUAAGUACAUAACUCUCUGGCAGUUUAGAAACAUACUGUAUAUUCAUGUUCAAGGUAGGUGUUUGUGGUUAAAUGCAAAAAUAAGAGCCAAUCUGGGAUGUAUCCUCAGAAUAGUGCAGUAUGUGCGAAGGAUCACAAGCUUGAUUCUGCUGUGUAUUAUUGUUGGCUGCAUGUUUGUGUGUGUGUGUAAGCAGAAAAAGACAGUGGGGAAAAUAACUGGUUGUUAAAAAAAAAAAAAAAGUGUUCGUGUGUGUAAAAAACAAAACAAAAGUAUGUAUGUGAUAAGGUUCGUAUGCACGUGUGAUCCGCGUGCAUAUGCUGUGUGUGUUUGUGUACUGAAUCAGUACUUGAGUUCAGCAUGCCGCCCAAGCUGAAUAUUACAGUUUUUCUUUUCUGUUGUUUUUUAAAUUUUUUUAUUUGUUUUUCCCACAUGUUGAAGAUGUAUGUAAAGUAUAUAAUUGUACAGUUUGUACGUAAGAGACAAAUGGUGAAACCUCCAUAUUGAUUUUUGUUCUAUAUAACGCUGGAUUUGGCCACAGGAUUCGUCAUGGUGUCUUGACCUCUUAAGUCAUUCCUCCAGUGCAAAAUGAAUGCACAGACUGGGACACACAGUGAUGGCGAGACACUCAAAUAAAGAACAAAAAAUAAAUACAUCUUGAUCUGUAACUGACUUUGUCUUACUGAU